UGCCGCACAUCUUCAAUUAUAUAAGGACAUGCCUGUUAUACAAAAUACAAUUUUAUAAAUUAACCCUAUCUUGAUAUAUAGUAACUGCAAUAUGCCGCACAUCUUGCAAGCAAUAAGUUUAAUAUUUAUAGCGCAUUAUGUUCGAUCUGAUGGACCAGGCGUGGAAACAAAAGUUGGAACUGUGACUGGAACUCGAUACACCUUCGUAUUCAAUGGAGUUAGCUACAAUGUUUCCAGGUACCUUGGAUUGCCAUUUGCGAAACCUCCAGUCGGAAACUUGCGCUUCCAGAAACCAGCACCAUACGGAAAUUUUACAAACAACACUUUCCAGGCAAAGAGCUUUGGACAUUCAUGUGUCCAGUACGACCCGAUGGGUAAUGAACCGGACCAAAGCGAAGAUUGUUUGUUUCUUAAUGUUUUUGUUCCUGAACAGGCCCCUGAUACCUCUUCCAGACACGCUGUGAUGAUCUUCGUUCAUGGCGGGGGACUUGUAACUGGAAGUGCGAAACAAUAUCCGGCGGAUACUCUUGCAUCUGUUGGAAAUGUCAUUGUGGUUACCAUCAAUUACAGACUUUGGAUGUUUGGAUUUCUUGAUAUGGAUACGCCAAGUGUACCGGGAAAUAUGGGUCACUGGGAUCAACAUAUGGCUUUUAAAUGGGUCAGUGAUAACAUUGACUCGUUUGGUGGUGACCCGGAAAGGAUCACAAUCUUUGGACAAUCCGCGGGAUCAACAAGUGUGACACUCCAAUCUAUGUAUCCUGAAAAUCACAUGCUUUUUCGAGGGGUGAUCACUGAAAGUGGAACAAUCUCUUUAUUAACCCAAGUAAUGAGAUCUGAAAAUAUAAACCUGGCUAUGUUAAUGGCAGAAAAAAUGAAAUGCAACACAACGAGUAUGAAAUCAAAAGAAAGCAUACUGAAAUGUUUUCAAGAAACGAACGCUGAGAAAUUUGUAGAAACAUUAGCUAAAACUUUAAUGAGCUCUCCUACGGAGGGACGCGAUUUAUACUCUUUUUUUACAACAAUUGACGGAGAAUUCCUAAAAGGAAACCCACUGGAACUGCUAAAAGAUAUUAAUGGUCUGUCAGAUGAGGUGCAGUUUUUACGGUCAUUAAAUUUGAUAAACGGAUUCAACACUGACGAAGGGUCUCUCUGGGUAAUGGGUCUUCCGGGUGGAUUUGAAGACACAUUUAACAUUUCGCGUGAAAGUAUGAAUUCUUUUUAUAUUCCAAGUAUAUAUCCAAUAGUUUUCGGACCGAAAACCGAGAUACCGGAUGUUGUAAAGGAUAUUAUCGCUCAAGAAUAUACAGACUGGAGAGCAGCGGACGAUCCAGUUUGUUUGUUACAUCAGUUUUCAAAAAUGAACGGUGAUAUUUAUAUGGGAGUUCCUGCCAUAGAGUACUCAAGGCUCCAUGCUCAUAGCACAAAUGCCAGCAGCUAUCUUUACCAUUUCGAAGCAGCCCUGAAUGGACAUGCUAUUGCGUCGCCACGCUGGGUACAAGCUUCCGGCCACGGAGACGAGCUUGCUCCGUUGUUUGGCUUCCAGUUUCCAAUGCGUGCUAAGAAUAUGAGCGUGAUUCCACCAGAAAGCUGGGAAAAGAAACUGUCUGAGAGAUUGAUAGGUUACUGGACAGCUUUUGCAAAAUAUGGGAACCCAAACGGACAACGUGGGGACACUUGGCCAACCUACGAUAUCACAGAUCAGAAAUACAUGAAGAUAGAUAGGACUGACAAUGUUGAACAAUAUUUAUAUGCCCGAGAAACAGACUUUUGGCGGGAUUUGAUACCUUCGAUCAGAAGGUCCGCGGUGGAAAAUAUCAAAUGCACGAAGAAAUAAGAAAACCAGGCAGUUUGAAUUACUUAUUAAAAUCAUAAAGAUUAUGGGUUUCGUUCUUUUUUUCGGACUGUUUACACUUCUUUCCCAUCACAGAUCUUUUAUAGUUUAUAGGGAUGCUGCAAAAUCUCUUCGAGUUUAAAUUCAAAACGUAGCAUAGGUUUGAAUUCAAACAAGAUUCCUCAUCAAACAAGGCAGUCUGAAAGACAGCUAUAUCCCCCACCGCUAUAAUGGUUAGUGAAAGGGGUUGAGGUAUUGGGUGGAAGCAUUGACUUUGUUAAGUAUAUUUUAUAGUUUAUGUAUCAUGAAAUAAAUUUGAAAAUACUUCAAGGGGUUUAAGAGA